AGCUGUAGGCAAAUCCUUUCAUGUGUGCUAUAGGAGAGAGCGCAGCAGGAGUCCAUAGAUAAGGUUUGUCAUAUUGUUUUCACUGCUGCAUUUGCUAUUACACGUCCUAUACCCAGAAUUCUUGUGCUCAAGUAUCCACCUCUGUGCCAUUCUCACCUGUAGCUAUGUGCUACUUUCGCUCCUUCUGUUAGAUAAAGAACUCUCCCCUGAAUGGAAUGCGUUUGUUUUUCCUGAAGUGAAAUGAGCGCGUAAAAGAAGAGGAGAUAGAGAGCGAAGGUGCCUACCCAAGGGAUGGUUUUUGCAUUUUCUGUGGACUGCUUCUAAUGACAGGCAAACGCACAACCCCGAAGACAGGAGACUGUACAGGUCGCCUGCCACGUAAUUGCUGGAAGUGUUGCUGAAGUGGCAGCUCUUACCCCACCACCAUCCUUCAUAGAGCCACACUGCACUUGAAAGACGGGAGAAGCCAGGAGCUGCGUUCCUCUUCACCUUGGAACUAGAGCUGAGGCAAAUGGGAGAGCCGCUUGGAUUCACCAGCGCCGAGUCCUUUCGAUCCUCUGAGCCCAUCCUGCCGACAUACUGUCCCUCCCCCAUGUUUUUGUGAUGGUUUUUCUCCGCUGCGAUGCGAAAGCAUCUCCUCUAUCUUGCAAAAUGACAGAAGAGAGGUUUCCUAGCAGCAGGUGGGGACUGGCUUUAUUGCGUUCGGAGCUCGCAGUCAAGGGCGCUGGAAUGGCCACCUGAAGAUGGGAGGAAAAAAGCUCACAAGUAGUUCUUCGCCUGAUACAGACACACUGAUCAGCUCUGAGUCUGGAGGCAGCUGCGAGGGAAAGAGCGUUUGCUAUGUGAUAAAGAGCCCCUUUCUCUCGUGUCCCUAAGUCAUGUCUGAGCCACAGAGAUGGGGAAGCUCGAGGAUAACGAGAGGGUGAUCCUCAACGUCGGGGGCACUAGGCACGAGACCUACCGGAGCACCCUGAAGACCUUGCCGGGCACCCGCCUGGCUCUGCUCGCCUGCCAGUCCCAAGGCGAGUCCCCAGGUGGAGGGGGAGCCGGCGGUGGCGAGGAGCACCAGCCGCCGCCGCCAUUCCCAGCUCCAGCGCCGCCUCUGCCCAACCCCAACCCGGGCCCUCCUGGCGCCGCCAACCCCGGCGUGGCGGCUGGAAGCAACGGAGGCGGCGGCGGCGCCGCCGCAAUUGGCGGGAAUGGCGGCGGCACGUGCUGCGAGUUCUUCUUCGACCGGCACCCGGGAGUCUUCGCCUAUGUGCUCAAUUACUAUCGCACGGGCAAGCUGCACUGCCCCGCCGACGUGUGUGGCCCUCUCUUCGAGGAGGAGCUGGCCUUCUGGGGCAUUGACGAGACGGACGUGGAGCCCUGCUGCUGGAUGACCUACAGGCAGCACCGCGACGCCGAAGAGGCGCUGGACAUCUUCGAGGCGCCCGACCUCAUCACCGGCGAGCCGCACGCCGACCCCGACGACGACGAGCUGGCUGCCAAACGCCUGGGCAUCGAGGACGUGGGCGCAGUGGGCACUUCCUCAGCCUCAUCCGCCAACUGUUCUCCCCUCGACGGCAGGGGCGGCCGCUGGAAGAGGCUCCAGCCGCGCAUGUGGGCGCUCUUCGAGGACCCCUAUUCUUCCCGCGCCGCCAGGUUCAUUGCUUUUGCCUCUUUGUUCUUCAUUCUACUUUCAAUCACAACCUUUUGCCUGGAAACCCAUGAAGCAUUCAAUACCAUUAGAAACAAAACCGAGCCAGCGAGCAAUGGCAGCGACGUGGUUCUGCACUAUGAAAUUGAGACAGAUCCUGCUCUGACAUAUGUCGAAGGAGUCUGCGUGGUGUGGUUUACAUUUGAAUUUUUAGUCCGUGUUAUUUUUUCACCUAACAAACUUGAAUUUGUCAAAAACCUCUUAAAUGUCAUUGACUUUGUGGCAAUUUUGCCCUUCUAUUUAGAGGUGGGCCUCAGUGGGCUCUCCUCCAAAGCUGCUAAGGAUGUGCUUGGUUUCCUCAGGGUGGUGAGGUUUGUGAGAAUCCUGCGAAUCUUCAAGCUCACCCGACAUUUCGUAGGCCUCAGGGUGCUGGGUCACACACUCCGAGCAAGCACCAAUGAGUUUUUGCUGCUGAUAAUAUUUCUGGCAUUAGGAGUGUUGAUAUUUGCCACCAUGAUCUACUAUGCUGAACGAAUAGGAGCCAAACCCAAUGACCCAUCAGCUAGUGAACACACAGAGUUUAAAAAUAUCCCUAUUGGCUUCUGGUGGGCUGUGGUCACUAUGACCACUCUUGGGUAUGGAGACAUGUAUCCAAAGACAUGGUCAGGCAUGCUGGUGGGUGCUCUGUGUGCUCUAGCUGGGGUGCUGACCAUAGCCAUGCCUGUGCCUGUUAUUGUCAACAAUUUUGGAAUGUACUAUUCUCUGGCCAUGGCAAAACAGAAGCUUCCCAGAAAGAGAAAGAAGCAUAUCCCACCUGCUCCUCAGGCAAGCUCCCCUACAUUUUGCAAGACAGACUUGAAUAUGGCCUGCAAUAGCACACAGGGGGAAGUCUGCCUGGGCAAAGACAACCGGCUGAUGGAACACAAUAAAUCAGUGUUAUCAGGUGAAGACAGUACAGAAAGUGAGCAGCCACUCUCACCUGUGGAAAGGCUCCCACCAAUCAGACGCUCUAGUACCAGAGACAAAAACAGAAGAGGGGGAACAUGUUUCCUACUGAAAGCAGGUGAUUACGCGUGUGCUACUGAUGGAGGGAUCAGGAAAGAUAACUGCAAAGAGGUUGUCAUUACUGGUUACACGCAAGCAGAGGCCAGAUCUCUUUCUUAAUGGCUUGGGGAAGGCACAAAACAUGAAAGAAAGUGUUAUACAGAAUUUAUCAUGGAUUUUUGACUGCUGAAAAAGGGACAAUGGAAUUUAGCCAUACCAAGGACUGUGCUGGAAAGAGACUACUCCUCCUGAAUGGGCCCUGAUAAGCACCUGCCGCCUUGAAGAUAUCCUUCCAAUUUGCCAUGGAAGUGGAGCUUGUUAUGAGGAUUAAGGACCAACUUCAGUUGCUGCUGCCAGCAGAUGCAAUUAAUAGUCACUAUUGAUGAGUCAGCUGUAAAUAAGAUAUGUGUGCAUGGAAUAUCAGCUUUAGUCAUCUAUGCCAAGGGAUGCUGAAUUCAAAGACAUCAUCUCUGAGACUCCAUGAAAAAAUAAAAAGGCCGACACACCUCUUUGUGUAUUCUUCCUGGUCCCUACAGUAGAUCAUGCUGUGGAUCAUACAAAGGCACACAUGUUUUAACAAUAGUGAUGUAAACGCUGUCUGUCAUAGGUUUCCUCAUAACAACUGUAUUUUUGCAAAGUUUGUAAUCCAUGAACACUAACAGCAUAGGAUUUUGCUACAAGUCUUUGCUUUCUCAGUUUGCCAUCUCUAUAUUUUUAUGACUAUUGGUAAAACAUUUUGGUUUACUUUUGACUUUGAUAAGAGACACGGGACUGCAGACAAAAAACUUUUUAAAAAAUCAGACUUUGUCCACAGUUCUAUAGAAGCUUUUUUUUGUUUGUUUAAUUGUUGACUUCAUUGUUACCUCAAACUAUAGGUAUUGAGAGAAAUAAAAUAUUGACAGUAAAAAUAUUAUACGUUUUUUAUUGAAACUAUCACAAAAGCAGCAUCAGUAAUAUAAAAUAGGAAUUAAAAUAUAUCAUAAAAAUGUAUAUUUUGCAUAAGAGAGAGAUACUUUACUUUUCUGUGACUUUUUGUGGUAAAUUGUUCUAGUCUAUUCUAAUUCUAUGUCUAUGAUGCUCUGUAGGUGGGUACUGUGUGAUAACUUAUGUUCUCUCCAUCCUGUUCAAUAAGACCUUCUCCAGAAACUGUUUGUCACCCUGGUAUUUUGAAUGUAGGGACCUUUCCCACAUAUGAAACUCUGUAUUGUUGACUUUUUUGUGAACAUGUCAAGGUGCAUGCACAAGCCUGGUGUAAACCAGUGGCCAUGUAACUAACAGAAAUGGAGAAUAAAAUCCAAAAGAUCUGGGGAGGAAGUUGGAACAUAUAAUGUGGUUAUUAUAUCUUUCUUCAGUGUUUCAUUUUUCCUAUUCCUAGCCUCUAGUUUAAGAAGGGAUUGACUGCUCUAAUGACUGUUAGCAUUUUUCUUACAAGUUAUUUCAGCAUUAAAUCAAUGCUAUAUAGGACAGCAGGAGGAGAGGAUUGUGGCACAUCUCCUAAUUUGCAAGAUGUUUGAUACACCUUAAACAAAUUGUUGCCUGCCUUUA